GUGACUUGGCAAACAGUAGGCACCCAAUAGGUGCUGGUUUCCUUUUCCCCUUGUUUAAAGUUGGAUCUCUUGAGUUAUACAGAAAUUCUUGUCGUCAUGUAUGCCUGUGAUUGGUGCUUAAAUGCACUCAGUGCCCCACCCGACAGGAGGAAAGAGGCAACCAGAGUCUGACCACUAGGGCCCAAGGCCAGAUUGCAAAUAAGAAGUUUGUCUUUAAUCUGUUCCCUCCAAAUCUAAACUCUGGGGGUCAAUGUUGUGGACAGAUUUGAAGACAUUGGGCUCCACCCUCUGGGGGCCCCAUCUUCCUUCCUUUGCUGUCUUAUCUCUGGAAAGGGGGAAUGGACCCACACCGAGAAGCAGCUGGGACACAGUGGUUGAGCUUUGGAAGCUUCCUGCUUGCACCCCUCUGCUUCCUCCUUGGACUUGACACCGUAUCUCCCCACCUUGGGUCUGAGGAGAGAUGUUGGUAGGGCAGAAAGGACUCCUCAGCCCCAAACUGACUUGAAGUUGCAGCUUUCAUCUUUGAAAUAAAUAGGAUUUUGGCCUUCUAUUUCAUAACACAGGACACCCCGCAGAUCAUAUCCUCGUCAUGCUCCCCUGGAAGAACACCCCUGAGUUCUCAACACCCAAAAUGCACAGCAGCUACUUAUCUCGCCAUACAUUUUCCAGCUGAAGUUCAUACGUAUAGAAUUUACACUGAGCCUUCAAAACUUAAUACAAUAUUUUAACCUAAACGGCAUGCUAGAAAAGCUUCAUGUUGCUCUCACACAUAAUUGGUAGACGGUCAGAAUCACGCUAGUCACUUUGCAAAGCUUUGGAGUACCAACCAAGGAUAUGUACAUAUUUGAUGUUGCUGGUCUAAGAGAGGCCACUGCUGUUGAAUUGUGUGGUGACCAAGAAGCAAUGCUUUAAGCAUUUUACAUUCUAAUACAAUAUUUGUACGUUAUAUCUAGGUGCCGUAUUGUGAUUUAGGAAAUUGGUAGUUUUUCGAUUCACUUGCUAGUCCUUAUCAUUUUUCUUAUUUAAAAUAAUGGAAAAUAGGUUUUCCUUGGAGUAUUCACAGAGAUAAUCUGACAUCUAAGGCACAGGAUACUGACAUUAAUGGCAGAGGACUUUCCAGUCUGUCUUAGUUUUAGAUUUGUAAAUACCUUCCAAAUUACUUAACUUCUAUUCUUCCAAAUCUUAUAGUAAAACUGAUGCUCCAUGAGGUUGUACUACAAAUAUUCUGCUGUUUUGCGUCCUCUCUGCAUAGAACUGGGGCUGUGCAUACUCCAGUUUGAGAAGCAUGUAGUAGUACAGCACUUGGAGUUGAUCAGAAAACUUAGAUGGAAAAAUGCAUUAUCACUAUAACCUCCAAUAGCAAGAAAUUAUUAAAAUCGGUUCCAAAAGGAUAUUUUUAAAAGCAUCUUAAAAGUGGUUCUGAAAGAGUCUUAAGGAGUCCUAUUAAAGGUAUUAUGUAUUACCUUUAGACACAAACUUCCUUAACAAUUUGGGAAGGAGCAACCUGGGGCCUAGAGGAAGGAUUCUGGCAAGAGAACUAAUUUCAGGUAGGGUACCUUUCAGGUACCCAUCAGCGAGCUUCUGGGUGGGCUCCCCAGAAGCCUAGGCCCGCCCCCAGCACGAGCCCCGCCCCUACCCGGGACCGCCUCAACACGUGCGGCCUGCCUGCACUGCGCAUGCCCGCGGGGAAGGGGCGGGGCGAGUCGAACCCCGGCAGGGCCUGCGUGGAGAGGACCAUGGCCAUGCUGUGUCGGCUGCGAGAGGUGCCCCGGCACUUGCUGGUCUGCGAAAAGUCCAACUUCGGCCACGACAAGUCGCGCCACCGGCACCUCGUGGAGACGCACUAUCACAACUACAGGGUUUCAUUUCUGAUUCCUGAAUGUGGGAUACUAUCAAAAGAACUGAAAGACCUGGUCAUGGACUCUGGACCCUAUUACUUUGUGAAGGAUUUACCUCUUCAUGAGUUAAUCGCACACGAAUUCAUCAAUACUUUUGUCAAGAAAGGUGCGUGCUACGCACUAACGUACAACACAAAUAUUGACGAGGAUAACACUGUGGCCCUGCUACCAAACGGGAAACUAAUUUUAUCACUGGAUAAAGACACUUAUGAAGAAACUGGACUUCAAGGUCGUCCAUCUCAGUAUUGUGGCAGGAAAACCAUGAAGUUUAUUGUUUCCAUUGAUUUAAUGGAUUUAUCCUCUAAACUGGACUCUAAGAAGUAUGAAAGAAUAUCUUGGGCUUUCAAAGAAAAGAAACCAUUGAAAUUUGAUUUUCUUUUGGCGUGGCAUCAAACAGGUGCAGAAGGAUCAGCGAUGAUGUCAUACUUUUCCAGUUACCGGAUUCAGGAGCAUCAGCCAAAAAUAGUGCUGAGCACGAUGACAGACGUGCAGUGCCCAGUGCUGCAGAGCGGCGAGCUCAGGGGCCAGCCGGAGGCGGCCUGCAGCGCCCAGGAGCUCUUCGAGUGGCUGGGUGCCGUCUUCAGCAACGCCGCGCUAAAUAAUGAGCCUGAUAAUUUCAUAUCAACCUACUGCUGUCCUCAGCCAAGCACAGUGGUGGCGAAAGCUUACUUGUGUACAAUCACUGGUUUCAUCCUUCCAGAGAAGAUACGUCUCCUGUUGGAACAGCUGUGUCGCUACUUUGAUGAACCAAAGUUGGCCCCGUGGGUGACGUUGUCCGUUCAAGGCUUUGCAGACAGCCCUGUUUCCUGGAGAGAAAAUGAACACGGUUUCCGAAAAGGAGGAGAACACCUGUACAACUUUGUGGUUUUUAGCAAUCGGGACUAUUGGCUUCAGUUGGCUGUUGGGGCAAAUGAUGACUGUCCACCGUAACGAGCACAGAGUUUAAAGUCACGUUUGUUUAUGUUUAUGCUCGUUUUCCGUAUUUCUCCGCAGUAUAAGGACUGUGUGUUCACUCAGACUUGGGUGAUGAUGACAUUUCUCAGAUCAGCAUCCGUUAGCAUCUGCUCUGGACUCGGGCCCGUCCUGUGACAGGCUUGCCGUCCGGUGGAAGCUCAUAGUUGAUUUCUCCCUGUCACUGUGAGCCCAGGGUGUGGGCUGCUGCGUGGUAACCUGGGCCACGAUGGCCAGGGACCGGGGGUUGUGGGACCACUGGGUAAGAUGUGUGCUGUGAUUGUGAGUUUUUCACAUCAUAAUAACAAGAAAUCCUUAACAUCAUACUUACCAGAGCCAGUUCCUGCAUUAGUGCUGUUCAUCUAUUACCUCAUUUAACUCUCACAUCAGUCCUGUGAGGGAACAGAGUGUACAUAAGCUACUGAAGUCACCUGCUUGUGGAUUCACGACUUGAUCUCAGAUCAGCUGGUUCCUGGGUGUGUGCUCACUCUCCUGCUUCUGGGUCAGGAGGGAUAUUUGGAGACUGUACAUUCAUAAAGAACAAGUUGAAUUUUGCAGUAACCUAUAAGCGAAAAGAAUCUGAAAAACAU